ACAAGAUCAACGGACGGAGACUGCUAAUGCUGGAGCAUGUCUCUCAUCUCCCGCCGAUCGGGGUACAUAGUUUAGAACAUAUUCAGAAAAUAACUUCAGCGGUCCACAAUCUCUUCAGCACGGAGUUCAUCAAAUUCUGUCGCAGCAUCGGUCUACCGAGACGAUAUCCGCUAACCCAUUGUACCUGGUUCAAGUCCCGGACCGGGCCCAGUUGGGGCAUACGACAGAAUUGGACAAGGUGUGACGUCCUAAGAGCCAUGGGGAUUAUAAUGCCUGAACCUGUCUAUAUGGACCACUGGGACUUAGUUUGGUACCAAAGGCCAGAUUUUCCCAAAGUAAAAUUUGCGAGAAUCCCCAAGAAACACAAAGGCGACGAAAUACCACAUUAUACCGGGAAGCAAGAUGUUUGGAACGAAAUGUUGGUACCAAGAAAAUUCAUCCUAGAAAAGCAUAUCAAACCAGAGUUGCAGCUGAUCUGGAUGCAGAAGAUAGACUAUCCCCCCCUCAUUCCUAAAGAAGAGAAAAAGAAGAGGAAACCUGCGAAACCUUCGCGAUUGGUUCCUAAGCCUGUGAAGACUGAGGGUCUUAAGGGGAAACAGCUACUACUUGCUAGGAGGAAGAUGCCUCAACCGAAGUUCCUACCUUAAGACAAUCUACGCAGCGUCGACUCAGGACCAGAGGGCGGAAUUUAGGCUUGUGUCGUUCACGAACUAUGAACUGUUAGGAAUAAAAUCCCAUCAAUGACCGAA